GAAGUACGAUGAGCAGGGUCUACCCGAGGGAUCUCGGAUCAACGUGUUCCUCAAGGGAUCUGCGGGACAGAGCUUCUGUGCCUUCCUGUCGCGAGGGGUUUACGUGACCUUGGAAGGUGACGCCAACGACUAUGUUGGCAAGGGUUUGUCAGGUGGGGAGCUGGUGAUAUUCCCGCCCAAGGACCUGCCGCCUGAAUUCAAGUCCGAGGAGAAUGUGAUUGUCGGCAAUGUGUGCCUUUAUGGUGCCACAGCGGGCCGAGCGUUCUUCCGCGGCAUUGCGGCGGAACGCUUCUGCGUCCGCAACUCGGGAGCCACUGCUGUCAUUGAGGGUGUGGGUGACCACGGUUGUGAGUACAUGACCGGUGGCCUGACCGUCAUCUUGGGGCCGACAGGCAGGAACUUUGCGGCUGGCAUGUCUGGUGGCAUCGCCUACGUCCUUGACGUGGACGGCAUGUUCCGGACCAAGUGUAAUGCCAUGAUGGUGGACCUGUUGCCUCUGGAGCUGGCAGAGGACCUGGACCAAGUGGAGUCCCUGAUCCGUGAGUUCUACGACUUGACGGGCUCUGCGGUAGCGGCCUCUCUUCUCUCCAAGUGGCCCGACUCCGCCAAACUUUUCAUCAAGGUGUUCCCCAAGGAGUACCAGCGGGCACUGAAGCAGAUGGCAGAGGAGAAGGCUGCGCUCUCCAUGCAGAACGACCGAGUCGCUCCACCCGCACCUGCUCCGGCAGAGAAAGUGGGAGACAUUGAGGAAGUGGUGGCCGAUGGCGAUGCCAAAAAGAAGCAGCUGGAGAACCUCGACAAGAUUCGGGGCUUCAUGAAGUACAAGCGCGAGACAGAGCCAUAUCGGCCAGCGAUGCAGCGCAUGCAGGACUGGAAGGAGAUCUACAAUCGCCAGGGGGUCCGCAAGAACAUCCGAGUCCAGGCCGCAAGGUGCAUGGAAUGUGGAGUUCCAUUCUGCCAAUCAUCUCAUGGCUGCCCCCUGGGCAACAUCAUCCCCAAAUGGAACGACCUCGUCUACCGGCAAGACUGGAAGGAGGCCCUGGCACAACUGCUGCAGACUAACAACUUCCCAGAGUUCACUGGUCGUGUGUGCCCUGCUCCAUGCGAGGGUGCCUGUGUGCUUGGCAUCAAUGAGCCGGCAGUGACCAUCAAGAACAUUGAGUGUGCCAUCAUCGACCAUGCCUUUGAGCAGGGCUGGAUCCAUGCUGACCCACCAUCGCAGCGCACAGGCAAGAAGGUGGCCAUUGUGGGCAGUGGACCAGCUGGUCUGGCUGCUGCUGCUCAGCUUAACAAGGCUGGCCAUCUGGUGACUGUCUUCGAGAGGAAUGACCGUGUGGGCGGCCUGCUUCAGUAUGGCAUCCCCACCAUGAAACUGGGAAAAGAUGUUGUGAAGAGGCGUGUUGACCUGAUGACCGAGGAGGGCAUCACGUUCAAGACCUCGACAGAUGUGGGCAAGGACGUGGCCAGCGGUGACCUUCUGUCCCAGUUCGAUGCCCUGCUGCUGACCACAGGGUCGACGUGGCCCCGUGACCUUCCCAUUCCGGGUCGCCAUUUGGAGGGCAUCCACUUCGCCAUGAGCUUCCUUGAGACGUGGCAGAAGAAGCAGAUGGGCAACGACAUCGACCACCUGCCGUUGUCGGCCCGCAACAAGGACGUCAUAGUCAUCGGAGGAGGAGACACCGGCGUCGACUGCAUCGCGACCUCACUGCGACAGGGUGCACGAAGCAUAGUGACCUUUGAGAUCCUGCCACAGCCUCCCCCACAACGUGGGGAGGGCAACCCGUGGCCCCAGUGGCCCCGCAUCAUGCGUGUGGACUACGGCCACGAGGAGGUCCGCCUCAAGUACGGACAGGAUCCACGACACUACAGCAUCCUCAGCAAGGAAUUCCUGGACAAUGGUCAGGGCCAUGUUUCGGGCAUCCGGACAGUGCAGGUCAAGUGGACCAAAGAUGCCACAGGCCGCUGGAACAUGGAGGAGCUGCCAGACACCUCCAAAGUCUUUAAGGCUGACCUUGUGCUCCUUGCGAUGGGGUUCCUGGGCCCCGAGAAGUACCUCAUCGACGAACUGAGCCUGGAGCAGGACCCACGGUGCAACAUCCGCACUACAGCCAACUCGUACCACACAUCGGUGCCACGAGUCUAUGCCGCUGGAGACUGUCGCCGAGGCCAAUCCCUCGUGGUGCACGCCAUCAACGAGGGUCGCCAAGCUGCUCGUCAGAUAGACCUCGACCUUGCCGGAAAGAGCCUGCUCGCGGGUCCGGGAGGCAUCAUUCCUUUCACGUACGAGCUCGCCGUCGGCUCGUAAAGCCACGUCCGAGGUCGCGGUAUUCUCUCUGACUGUCGUACGCUUUCGUUCCGCGGCUUAUCCCCCGGGUUAGCCGCCAAGAGUAGGUAGUGUGUGUGCGCCAGAGCAUUCUCAACAUGCCCUCGACAGACCCGCGCUGCAUGCGAGGAUGCCGGCAGAGGCCGAGACUCGCUUCUCGUGCGAGCUUGCCACUGGUAGCCAAGUGGCGGCCUCUGCUGUAUCCCAAGUCGUCACUCCUACUGUUGUACGUUGUUGUUCUUUGGUUUACAAUGGGAAUGCCACAGAAGUGUAGGUAGUGCUUGCGGCCAUGCAUCUGCGAGCUCUCUGUGAGGGGUUGCCUCGUUUAGAGGAUCCGAACAGUGGCCGAAGGACGUGGCUUUGGGAUGGCUAUUGCAGCUUCAGUCCUAGACAGAGCCUUUGUUGGAGGUGCCGGCAUGAUUGGUUCGGUGAAAGCAGUCCAGGCACGAGCAUGCGCCACACUCUCCACUCCUGCAGAAAUGACUGGCAGAAACUUCUAGCACUGAAACUACACAGGGUGCCAUCACCCUGGUUGCACCUUGGCAAAAAAGAGUAAAAUGGUUAGAGAAGACAGGUUACAAAAUUAGGCACGAGAAGACAGGUAUUAUCAACUUCACCAUGACAGCAUGAGAGUGUUGAAGGCUGCAGGGGCUCAGUUUUGACUUGAUGGAGGACUUUGUGCAUAAUGUAGUAGUUUGCUGCUCCAAAUUUCAUUCGAUUUUCAAUUCCACCAAGUUGAUUGAUUGGCAUGUGCUAGAGACAGCACAGUGACACUUGAGCCAGCGGCAGAGAAGGAAGACAAGAAUCACACUGUCGCUUAAUCCUUCCCGAGUUAUUGACUCAGGCUGGUAAAGCUGAGAAAAUGGCUCUUGUGCCAAGCAGAUCUUGAACACACAGACUUGAACCAUUUCACACUGUCAGGCAGGUUUCCUGCACAGUAGGGAAAGAUGCUCUUAUGGCUCUGAAGGCUGAAAGUAGAUGUGAAAUGCCGAUGAAUUCUUUCUCCUUGACAUUAUAUAUCCAAAAACUCCUAAAUGCAGCUGAAAGCUGUACUUACUGGCUGGCAGUAUUCAUGAUAUUUUCAUGCCUUAUAUUUAAUGCCAGUAGCUCUUCAGAUAUGUACUUAAACUUCCAAAAUAGAAAGCCUGUGUGUUCACUGCUUCAGGAAUGGUGUGUCUCUCACUGUUUGCAGUCUGUGUGCAUCGUGCGUACGUGCCUGGACUUGCUUUCCCGUCAUGCCAUUUAUCGUGGCAUUGCAGCUGUUGGUAGUGUUACGUUGUAUUUGUUGUUACUGUUGGCGUUGUUUACUGUUGCCAUGUUUUUACUUGUGUUUCUGUGCAAACGCAAAUUUACGGGCAUAAUGAAAAUAAAGAAGAAACACUCAAGAAACACUUGCGCAAUUUUGACAGCCUCAUUGCAUGGCACUUCACAAGAGGCUGUGAGGGCAGCCACAUUAUGUUGAGCUAGCCUAAAUGUGAGCUCAGUGUUCUUAUAUCACUGUCCUGGCAGUUCACUUCUUCCCGUGCCACAAGAAAAACUUUUAAACUUUCUGAGUGAGAAUUUUCAGUUGUAUGUUUCUCUGCACUGCGGCUCUCAACUGUUUUCACCUGCGAACAGCUACACCACUGCUGUUUAGUUUUACUUGUAAACAAGAUCUCUUGUCUUCUUUUAUCGCAAUGGACACCAUGAAGUUUGGUGUUGGCCUAGUUUAGGAAACGGUGUAAUGUCAUGCUCAGUGAAUCUACUGAGUUUGACAUACGAGGUUAAUGUACUAUUUGAAGCAUCGACCUGGCUGCAUCCACAUUACCGUGGCAGCUUAUGUUACCCAGAAUGAUAUCUUAAGUGGUCGCCGCUUGGUGCAGACAAAAUUAGCCGCUGCUUAUUACAACAUGCUCACAGUGCUAUUCAAGAGUGUGUUUUUAACUGGAGUUGCAGUAAUUUUAUUUAAUGUCUUUGGAAAACAAACGAUAAGUUAUCUUAAAGAUAUGGUGAUUUUGCUCCCGGAGCCUAAUCGUUCUCUAAAAUACUGGUCUUGUCUCUUGAGAGUGAUGUGGAGGCAUAACUCGCAUCAUGGUGCUUAGACAACCAGUGAGGCUUGAAAACCCUUAAUUUUUGCCGCGACUUGAUGUGACAGCAAAAAGUGAAGACUGUCUCGGAGAAGAUAUCAAACAAAGAAAAAGGAAAGAAAGAGAAGGCUUCUUGCAUGCUCCUGUCGACUAUCUAAUUCUAAUUUAACCGAUGAUCUCUCUCUGAAAAUGACGUGAUUGGAUAGAGUAAUGGCUGAAGCACAUUUAUAUGUUGUGAAAUUUGUGACUGGUGGAAGAGCCUCUGUUGAGGUGCUCAUACAAGCUACUAGGAGCACAACAUUAUGUGUUAUAGAUGUAGGACUUCUGCAUCUAUUAACACAUUAGCUUUAGCAUAAAGCACUGGUCGGUUUAUUUCAAGCCUACGAGUGCUAUCCC